AUCCAGGCUCCCUUCAUUUAUCACUCCGUCAAUCCUCUACAGUCCAGCCGGGAUCCCCCACAUAUUUCCGACAGCACUUUAAGGCAGCAUAAAUAGGAAGUUUAGAAGAACAAACAAAGUGAGGAUAAACAAAUAUGAAACGUCCCGGAAAUGUAAUCACAGCGACUCUAACAACAUUUACUCUCCUUCUUUGCCUGAGUUCAGUCAGAGGUGACUACUGUGAGGUGAAUGUUUGCCAGAAUGGAGGAACAUGUGUGACAGGUGUAGGAGAACAUGCCUUCAUCUGUAUCUGUGCAGAUGGCUUUGGUGGAGACACCUGCAACGUGACAGAGACAGGACCCUGCAGUCCUAACCCCUGUACCAACGAUGGGACGUGCGAGAUCGUCGCUCCCACCAGACGAGGAGACGUUUUCAACGAGUACUUCUGCAAGUGCCAGCCCGGCUUCGAGGGAGCGCACUGCCAAAUCAAUGUGAAUGACUGUGUGAACGAGCCCUGUCGCAAUGGAGGGGUAUGUCGAGAUCUUGAUGGAGACUUCACCUGCCACUGUCCCUCACCAUAUGUUGGGAAGCAGUGCCAACUACGUUGCAUUUCUCUUCUGGGAUUGGAGGGAGGAGCAAUCGUGGAUCCGCAGAUCUCAGCUUCUUCUGUGCACUACGGCAUUCUGGGUCUUCAGCGUUGGGGCCCGGAGUUAGCUCGACUCAACAACCAAGGUAUCGUCAAUGCCUGGACGUCAGCUGCCCACGACAGGAACCCCUGGAUCGAGAUAAAUAUGCAGAAGAAGAUGCGUCUGACAGGCAUCAUCACUCAGGGAGCCAGUCGAAUGGGCACGGCUGAGUAUAUCAAAGCCUUCAAGGUGGCGAGCAGCUUUGAUGGGAGCUCUUACACGACUUACAGAGUGGAAGGCCAACGGAGAGACAAGGUUUUCGUGGGCAACACAGAUAACGACAGCACAAAGACAAACCUGUUUGACCCCCCGAUCAUAGCCCAGUACAUCCGCAUCAUCCCAGUGGUUUGCCGCAGGGCCUGCACGCUGCGCAUGGAGCUGGUGGGAUGUGAACUCAAUGUUUAUUCAAACGCCGCAGGUUGCUCAGAGCCCCUGGGAAUGAAGUCUCGCCUCAUCUCAGACGGGCAGCUUUCAGCCUCUAGCACGUACCGCACGUGGGGUAUCGAUACCUUCACGUGGCACCCUCAGUACGCCCGACUAGAUAAGCAGGGAAAGACAAACGCCUGGUCUCCCGCCCACAACAACCGUUCAGAGUGGAUCCAGGUCGAUCUGGAGAAGACAAAGCGCCUCACAGGCAUCAUCACUCAGGGGGCCAAGGACUUUGGGGUGGUGCAGUUUGUGUCUGUGUUUAAAGUUGCUUACAGUAGCGAUGGAGAGACGUGGAGUGUAGUGAAGGAGGAGAACACCAGCAAUGAUAAGCUUUUCCAAGGCAACAUCGACAACAACACCCAGAAGAAGAACCUAUUCGAGCCUCCGUUCUACGCCCAGUAUGUCCGAGUCGUCCCCUGGGAGUGGCACGAGCGCAUCACUCUACGCAUGGAGCUGCUGGGCUGUGAUGACUAAAAAAAAAACUCAUCAAUCACCAUCUCACAGUGCUCCAUCCUCAUCCAGUCGCUCCAAUCUCCUCAAAACCCACAGCAGAGGAGGGGAUUUCGGACAGAACGUCUGUUCUGUGCUCCAUUGGUUCCUCUGGAUUAAAGAUCCUGUCGGCUGCUGGGACUGUAACACUGUAGCACUUUCUAACUAGUGACUUUUUUAUGUUUAUGUUCAUGUUGUUUUGACUUUUCUCACAGAAAGAUGAAGUAUCCAUGAUAUGAAUUUAAGUAGCUUUGACAGAAACAACAUUUGCAGUCUUUAUUAUUUGCUUCUUCUAAGAAUUCAGACUUCAAACUAGAGUUUUAAACCGUUUCCUUCCUUUGCAGUUAACAACCUUGCUAAUUUAUUUGUAGUUUUUUUUUAACAGUCCGCAGAGGACAGAUGACAAACAUUCUCACAAACAUAUUCACUCACUUUGCACGCACUCUUCAACUGCUGUUACUAUUAGUAGUAGUAACUAGUUACUUAGUUACUUGAGUGCACACUAGCACAAUGAAGCAGGGCCUGUGCAAUACAGAGAAUAUUUUUGGCAUUUCCAACAAUCCCAAAAGAGACUCCAAGAGUAGAAAAUGUAACCUGCAGCACACGGCUCUGUCAUUUAAAUGAUGGAAGGACAAACUUUGCAGGUUAUUUUGCUUCAGUCUUACAUAUAAUUUCAUUGUAAUUUAAUCAUUUUUACAACAAAUGUGAAAUAUGUAGAAAAAUGUGUAGAAAAUAAACAUUGUUUUACAUUUUUUUUGUAUUCCUUGUUGGUCUUGAACUGAGAUCAUUUAUUAAAUGUUAAAAAUAAA